AUGGAGACUGAUCAACAAGUUACAGUAAAACUAUUUUACCAUGACAUUGGGCAGCAUAUCAUGAUGACUUUUGUAUAUGCAAAGUGUUCAUCAACAGAUAGAAUAGAACUAUGGGAUAGUCUAUAUUACAUGGCAAGUGAUAUGGAACUACCGUGGCUAGUAGGAGGAGAUUUCAAUGUGCUUUUACAUGAAAGUGAGAAGAUAGGGGGCCUGCCUGUUCAUCCUCCAGAAUAUGAGGAUUUCGCAGCAUGCAUUAACUCAUGUGGACUAUUUGAUCAAGAUUACAAAGGAAGUCCAUACACUUGGUGGAAUAGGAGACCUAAUAGUGAGUGUAUAUUCAAAAGACUGGACAGGAUCUUUUUGAAUUUACCGUUUCAAAACAUUCUUCCAUCAAUUGAAGUGGAACAUUUGAUUAAAACUGGUUCAGAUCAUGCCCCACUCCUGAUGACCUGUGAAGAGCACAAUACUAACUUUAACAAACUGAAGAAGGUCAAGGUGGAAAUAUCUAAGUGGAGCAGAGAUAUUUUUGGAGCCAUUUUCAAACAAAUAGCAAUGCUAGAGGAUAUUGUCAAAAUUAAGGAGCAGUUGUUUGAAGAUGAGCCUACAAUUGAGAAUAGAAUCGUCCUUCAGAAAUGUCAAUCAGAAAUGAAGAAGUACCUCAGUAUAGAAGAGUAA